GGCGAGCGCAGCGGCCGCCUAGGCGCCCAGGACCAGGCGGCGGUGGCGGCGGCGGCGUCCCCGCCGGGCCUCGCGCGCACUCCCCUCGCUGUCGGCAGCCGGCCGCCGGCGAAGGUCAAGAUGGAAGAAAUCCUGAGGAAGCUGCAGAAGGAAGCGUCCGGGAGCAAGUACAAAGCCAUCAAAGAGAGCUGCACCUGGGCCCUGGAAACCCUGGAUGGUGUGGAUACCGUUGUCAAGAUCCCUCCACACUUGCUGAGGGAGAAAUGCCUGCUGCCUCUCCAGCUGGCUUUGGAAUCCAAGAAUGUGAAGCUGGCCCAACAUGCCUUGGCAGGGAUACAGAAGCUUCUGGCUGAAGAGAGGUUUGUAUCCAUGGAAACGGACUCCGAUGAGAAGCAGCUGCUCAAUCAGAUCCUGAACGCUGUGAAAGUGACACCUUCCCUCCACGAAGACCUGCAGGUGGAAGUGAUGAAGGUUUUACUCUGCAUAACCUACACCCCGACAUUUGACCUGAACGGGAGCGCAGUGCUGAAGAUCGCAGAGGUGUGCAUUGAAACAUACAUAUGUAGCUGUCACCAGCGUAGUAUAAACACUGCUGUGCGGGCAACUCUCAGUCAAAUGCUGAGUGACUUGACUUUACAGUUACGACAAAGGCAAGAGAAUACGAUAAUUGAAAACCCGGAUGUCCCACAGGAAUUCAGGAAUCAAGGGUCAACAGUGGAGUCCCUCUGUGACGACCUUGUCUCCGUGCUCACUGUUCUGUGCGAGAAGCUCCAAGCCGCCAUCAACGACGGCCAGCAGCUGCAGCUCCUGUUCCUAGAGUGCAUCCUGUCCGUGCUCAGCAGCGCCUCCUCCUCCAUGCAGCUGCACAGAGGCUUCACCGACCUCAUCUGGAAAAACCUCUGCCCUGCGCUCAUCGUGAUCUUGGGGAAUCCAAUUCACGACAAAACCAUCACCUCCGCUCACAGCAGCAGCAGCAGCGCGGGUACCAGCGUCGAGCCGGACUCUGCAUCUCCAGGGGUCUCCGACCACGGCCGGGGCUCAGGCUGCUCCUCAACCGCGCCUGCCUUGAGCGGGCCGGUGGCUCGGACCAUCUACUACAUUGCGGCCGAGCUGGUCCGGCUGGUGGGGUCGGUGGACUCCAUGAAGCCGGUGCUGCAGUCCCUCUACCACCGCGUGCUGCUGUACCCCCCACCCCAGCACCGGGUGGAGGCCAUCAAAAUAAUGAAAGAGCUACUUGGGAGCCCACAGCGUCUCUGUGAUUUGGCAGGACCCAGCUCCACUGAACUCGAAUCCAGAAAAAGAUCAAUUUCAAAAAGAAAGUCUCAUCUGGAUCUUCUCAAACUCAUCAUGGACGGCAUGACCGAGGCGUGCAUCAAGGGUGGCAUCGAAGCCUGCUACGCCGCCGUGUCCUGCGUCUGCACCCUGCUCGGUGCCUUAGACGAGCUCAGCCAGGGCAGGGGCCUGGGCGAAGGUCAGGUCCAGCUGCUGCUGCUGCGCCUGGAGGAGCUGAAGGACGGCGCCGAGUCGAGCCGCGACUCCAUGGAGAUCAACGAGGCCGACUUCCGCUGGCAGCGGCGAGUCCUGUCCUCGGAGCACACGCCUUGGGAGCCGGGGAACGAGCGGAGCCCUGACAUCAGCAUCAGCGUGACCACGGACACGGGCCAGACCACCCUGGAGGGAGAGUUGGGUCAGACCACCCCCGAGGACCACCCCGAAAACCACAAGAAUGGCCUCAAGUCGCCCGCCGUCCAGGAGAGCAAGGAGCCGCUGAGUAAAGUGGCAGAACCGGAGGCCGUAGACCAGCCAGAUGUGGUUCAGAGGAGCCACACGGUUGCUUACCCUGAUAUAACUAACUUCCUGUCCGUCGACUGCAGGAUGAGGUCCUACGGGUCCAGGUACAGUGAGAGCAAUUUCAGCGUGGACGAUCAAGACCUCUCCAGGACGGAAUUUGACUCCUGCGAUCAGUACUCGAUGGCAGCGGAGAAGGACUCGGGCAGGUCUGACGUGUCGGACAUCGGGUCCGACAACUGUUCUCUCGCUGAUGAGGAGCAGACCCCUCGGGACUGCCUGGGCCACAGGUCCCUGAGGACGGGUCUGUCUCUCAAACUCCUGAAGAACCAGGAAGCCGAUCAGCACAGCGCCCGGCUGUUCACGCAGUCCCUGGAGGGGAUCCUGCCUCGCCUCCUGGCCCUGCCCAGUGUGGAAGACGUGGACUCCGCCCUCCAGAACUUCGCCUCCACCUUCUGCUCAGGCAUGAUGCACUCCCCUGGAUUUGAUGCGAACAGCAGCCUGGGCUUGCAGAUGCUCAUGAACGCAGACAGCUUGUACUGGGCUGCGCACUGCGCCCUGCUGCUCAACCUGAAGCUCUCCCACGGGGACUACUACCGGAAGCGGCCCACUCUGGCGCCGGGCACCAUGAAAGAGUUCAUGAAGCAGGUCCAGAGCAGCGGGGUGCUGAUGGUCUUCUCCCAGGCCUGGAUUGAGGAACUUUACCACCAGGUUCUCGACAGAAACAUGCUCGGGGAAGCUGGCUACUGGGGCAGCCCCGAGGAUAACAGCCUGCCCCUCAUCACCAUGCUGACCGAUAUCGACGGCUUGGAAAGCAGUGCAAUUGGAGGGCAGCUGAUGGCCUCGGCGUCUACAGAGUCUCCUUUCACCCAGGGCAGGAGAAUCGAUGACUCCACGGUGGCAGGUGUGGCGUUUGCUCGCUACAUUCUGGUUGGCUGCUGGAAGAACUUGAUCGAUACUUUAUCUACCCCACUGACCGGCCGGAUGGCAGGGAGCUCCAAAGGGCUGGCCUUCAUUCUGGGAGCUGAAGGCAUCAAAGAGCAGAACCAGAAAGAACGCGAUGCCAUCUGCAUGAGCCUCGAUGGACUGCGGAAAGCAGCGCGGCUGAGCUGUGCUCUAGGAGUGGCAGCUAACUGUGCAUCAGCCCUCGCCCAGAUGGCAGCUGCUUCCUGUGUCCAGGAGGAGAAAGAGGAAAAGGAAACCCAGGAACCCGGUGAUGCCAUUGCGCAAGUGAAGCUAAAGGUGGAGCAGAAGCUGGAGCAGAUUGGGAAGCUGCAGGGGGUGUGGCUGCACACGGCCCACGUCCUGUGCAUGGACGCCAUCCUCAGCGUCGGCCUGGAAAUGGGAAGCCACAACCCAGACUGCUGGCCGCACGUGUUCAGGGUAUGCGAGUACGUGGGCACGUUGGAGCACACCCACUUCAGCGAUGGCACCUCUCAGCCCCCACUGACCAUCAGCCAGCCCCAGAAGGCACCCAGAGGUGGACUCCUCGGGGACCUGGAGUGUGAGGGCUCGCCCCAGGACCAGAGCCUCGAGCAGGAGAGCUCCCUGUGCGCAGCCCCCGUCAUCCAGCCCCUCUCCAUCCAGGAGCUCGUCCGGGAAGGCAGCCGAGGCCGGGCCUCCGACUUCCGCGGGGGCAGCCUCAUGACUGGGAGCAGCGCUGCCAAAGUUGUACUCACCCUCUCCACCCAGGCCGACAGGCUCUUCGAAGAUGCAACAGAUAAGUUGAACCUCAUGGCUUUAGGUGGUUUCCUUUACCAGCUGAAGCGGGCAUCACAGUCCCAGCUCUUCCACUCCGUUACAGAGACGGUGGAUUACUCCCUGGCAAUGCCGGGUAAUUCUUUCCCUGCAGACACUGUGCCGCGAGGAGAAGUGAAAUCCACCCAAGACCGGAAGAGUGCCCUCCACCUCUUCCGCCUCGGGGACGCCAUGCUGAGGAUCGUGCGGAGCAAAUCCCGGCCCCUGCUGCACGUGAUGCGCUGCUGGAGUCUCGUGGCGCCGCACCUGGUGGAGGCUGCCUGCCAUAAGGAAAGGCACGUGUCUCAGAAGGCGGUCUCCUUCAUCCAUGAUAUACUGACAGAGGUUCUCACUGACUGGAAUGAGCCCCCUCAUUUUCACUUUAAUGAAGCUCUCUUCCGACCUUUUGAGCGUAUUAUGCAGCUGGAGUUGUGUGACGAGGAUGUCCAGGACCAGGUGGUCACAUCCAUCGGUGAGCUGGUUGAAGUCUGUUCCACCCAAAUCCAGUCAGGAUGGAGGCCCCUGUUCAGUGCUCUGGAAACAGUGCACAGCGGAAACAAGUCUGAGGUGAAGGAGUACCUGGUUGGUGAUUACUCCAUGGGAAAAGGCCAAGCUCCGGUGUUUGAUGUAUUUGAAGCUUUCCUCAAUACUGACAACAUCCAGGUCUUUGCUAACGCAGCCACUAGUUACAUCAUGUGCCUUAUGAAGUUUGUCAAAGGACUGGGGGAGGUGGACUGUAAAGAAAUCGGAGACUGUGUCCCAGGACCAGGAGCCACGUCCCCAGACCUGUGCCUCCCCGCCCUGGAUUACCUCCGGCGCUGUUCUCAGUUAUUGGCCAAAAUCUACAAAAUGCCCUUGAAGCCAAUAUUCCUUAGUGGGCGACUUGCUAGCUUGCCUCGAAGACUUCAGGAGCAGUCGGCGAGUAGUGAGGAUGGAAUGGAGUCAGUCCUGUCUGAUUUUGAUGAUGACACUGGGCUGAUAGAAGUCUGGAUCAUCCUGCUGGAGCAGCUCACAGCAGCUGUGUCCAACUGCCCACGUCAGCACCAACCGCCAACCUUGGAUUUACUCUUUGAGCUGUUGAGAGAUGUUACCAAAACACCUGGACCAGGGUUUGGCAUCUACGCAGUUGUUCACCUUCUCCUUCCUGUGAUGUCCCUUUGGCUCCGUCGUAGCCAUAAAGACCAUUCUUACUGGGAUGUGGCCUCUGCUAACUUCAAGCAUGCCAUAGGUCUGUCCUGUGAGCUGGUGGUGGAGCACAUCCAGAGCUUUAUCCACUCAGACAUCAGGUAUGAGAGCAUGAUCAACACCAUGCUGAAGGACCUCUUUGAGUUGCUGGUGGCGUGUGUGGCCAAGCCCACGGAAACCAUCUCCAGGGUGGGCUGCUCCUGUAUUAGGUACGUCCUCGUGACAGCGGGCCCUGUGUUCACUGAAGAGAUGUGGAGGCUGGCCUGCUGUGCCCUGCAGGAGGCCUUCUCAGCCACCCUCAAGCCAGUGAAGGAUCUACUAGGUUGCUUCCACAGCGGCACUGAGAGCUUCAGCGGGGAAGGCUGCCAGGUGAGGGUGGCGGCCCCGUCCACCUCCCCCAGUGCCGAGGCUGAAUACUGGCGCAUCCGAGCCAUGGCUCAGCAGGUGUUUAUGCUGGACACCCAGUGCUCACCAAAGACUCCAAACAACUUUGAUCAUGCUCAGUCCUGUCAACUCAUUAUUGAGCUGCCUCCUGAUGAGAAGCCGAAUGGACACACCAAGAAGAGUGUUUCUUUCAGGGAAAUUGUAGUCAGUUUACUAUCCCAUCAAGUAUUACUCCAGAACUUGUAUGAUAUCUUGUUAGAAGAGUUUGUCAAAGGCCCCUCUCCUGGGGAGGAGAAGGGCCAAGGGCCAGAAACCAAGCUGGCCGGCUUCCUCCGAUACAUCUCCAUGCAGAACUUGGCCGUCAUAUUUGACCUGCUGCUGGACUCCUACAGGACGGCCAGGGAGUUCGACACCAGCCCUGGGCUGAAGUGCCUGCUGAAGAAAGUGUCUGGCAUCGGGGGCGCCGCCAACCUCUACCGCCAGUCUGCCAUGAGUUUCAACAUUUAUUUCCACGCGCUGGUCUGUGCUGUUCUCAGCAAUCAGGAAACCAUCACUGCCGAGCAAGUGAAGAAGGUCCUUUUUGAGGACGAUGAGAGGAGCACAGACUCGUCCCAGCAGUGUUCCUCGGAAGAUGAGGACAUUUUUGAGGAGACCGCCCAGGUGAGCCCGCCGAGAGGCAAGGAGAAGAGGCAGUGGAGGGCGCGGAUGCCCUCGCUCAGCGUCCAGCCCGUCAGCAACGCGGACUGGGUGUGGCUGGUCAAGAGGCUCCACAAGCUGUGCAUGGAGCUGUGCACUAACUACAUCCAGAUGCACCUGGACCUGGAGAGCACCCUGGAGGAAGCGCCCGUCUUCAAGGGCGACCCGUUCUUCAUCCUUCCCUCCUUCCAGUCGGAGUCGUCCACCCCGUCCACCGGGGGCUUCUCGGGGAAAGACACGCCGUCCGAGGACGACCGAAGCCAAACGCGGGAUCCCGCUGGCGAGGCCCUGGGCCUGCGGGGGACCAGCGGGGAGACGCUGCUGCAGCCGCCGCCGCCGAGCCCCAAGGUGGAGAAGAAGGACCCCGGCCGCAGGAAGGAGUGGUGGGAGAACGCGGGCAACAAGAUCUACACCAUGGCGGCCGACAAGACCAUCGCCAAGCUGAUGACGGAGUACAAGAGGAGGAAGCAGCAGCACAACGUGCCCGCCUUCCCCAAGGAGGUCAAGGCGGAGAAGAAGGGAGAGCUGCUGGGGCCCCGGGGCCAAGGCUCCCCGCUGCUCCAGCGGCCCCAGCACCUGAUGGACCAGGGACAGAUGCGGCACUCCUUCAGCGCCGGCCCCGAGCUGCUGCGGCAGGAGAAGAGGCCCCGCUCGGGCUCCACCGGCAGCUCCCGGAGCGUCUCCGUGAGGGACGCCGAGGCGCAGAUCCAGGCAUGGACCAACAUGGUGCUAACAGUUCUCAAUCAGAUUCAGAUCCUUCCAGACCAGACCUUCACAGCCCUCCAGCCAGCAGUGUUCCCGUGCAUCAGCCAGCUGACCUGUCAUGUGACUGACAUCAGAGUUCGCCAGGCUGUGAGAGAAUGGCUUGGCAGAGUGGGCCGUGUCUAUGACAUCAUUGUGUAGAAGACUCACGUUCCAUUCCCAAGGAAAUACACUAGGGCGGUUAGAGUAUGUCUGCCAAUCCAACUGAUAGCAUUUUCCCUACCACCAGCCCCCAUAUCUCAGAGAACACCCAGUUGCUCCCUAACUAAUCGGCACUGGGGCCAUUCUGGGUACUAAGGUUGUAUCUAGAUGACACAAGUGAUACUUCAAUUUUGCACAUCAUUUCAGAAGAGUCUACAUUCCUUGACACAUUUCUAAAUCUUGUUUAUUUUCCAGGGUUUUGCCUGCAAUGUUAUCCCCAAAUGGGUCACUUUCUAGGACUACUCCUUUGAAAACACUACACUGAUCAUUUUAAAAAAUGCAGUUGCUAAAGAAGUAUCUGCUGGUAAGUCAAGCUGAUGUACACACAGACAUGAUUAAGUGAUGACGAUUUAUGAGUUUGGCAGGGAAGCAAACAGUUGUAAAAAUGUAUUCUUGGGUGUCAUAAGCAAGGGAUGACUUACUUCCUCUGUAAAAUAUUCCAGAACAUUUCAAAAUUGUUCCUAAGUUGUCAAGAUUUUCUGGUUGGUAUUCACCAACUUCCUCAUAUAAGGUACUAUUGUGCCUUCAAUUCCCUACUUCUAAAAGAAGAAAAUUCUUUCCUGGCAGGAUAUUAAGUCUGUGGCAUGGCAGCCUUUGACACAUAGUACCCCAUGGUAUUGGUUGAUACAGACAGUGCCAAAAGACAGAAGACUGGCCACCCUGGCUGUCCCAUUAGUCUUUGCUUUUGCUCCCAAGGCAAAAAUGGUGCCUUAGUUCCUUAUUGCACAGACAUUUCUCUGCUCCUCAAUUAUCUGAACAUAAGGUAUAACAUUUGGAUUUUAAGAAAACAAAACAAUUUGUUUUAUAUCAACACCCUUGAAGGAAAGAACUCAAGAGUUUGCCGGCCAGUGAGGAGACUUCUCAGGGAAGAGGGGCAGCGCGGUAGGGAGACAGCUGGAAGGGUUGAGAAAGGAGAUGAUGAUGAAAUCAUUUUAAAUCUAACACUAGACAUCAAUCAUAUGAAAUUAUGGUGUCAUUUAUACACACUCUAGUCUCAGAAGAAAAUAAACCUACAGGAAAAGAGGAGCCAGGAUGACAUUUAGGAAAUAAGGUUUUCAAUGGCAAGUAGACUUACCCUAUGUUGGAGGUCUUUUUAUUCAGGCCAGUAUUUUAAGUGGAUUUUUCUUUUCCUAAUUUUUACUAGAAAGUUAAUUUGGAACCUUUAUCUUACCAUUUAUAGCACAUUUAAUGUUUCUUAAAUUAUAAUGAUUAAAACUCUUCAAGCCCACUCAUACACAUUUUAGAGAGUUAGUUACUAAGACAUACAUUGUAAUUUUCCCAGCUCCUAAAAAUUAUUCAUAAUUGAAUAUGUUAUCCUUUAAGAAAUAAAACAUCAAUUCUUUAGUGUGGAAGUAAGGAUUUAAAACCAACAGCUUUAUUCAGUGCUGGUAUUUGUAAACUUUGUCUUCCUUGAGAAUAGUUAAGAGGAAGACAAGGUUCCCUGAUUUAUUUAGGCAAUCUAAAAGAACCUUAUUCUUCAGUAUGCUAUCUAGACAUCACCAGAGAAUUCAGAAGAUAUUUUUCCAGUUCCACAAAAUACUCUUUGUCAUCAGGCUGAUUCAUUAGACAAUAAUUCAAGUUUAGAAAUGGAUUUUAACUAUUCGAUCUUAACAAGCAAUGAAUUGUUGGAACAGCAAUGAGUUGUGUUCUAUACUUUUGAUUUUUUAUGUUUUGUAGGUAGAAUUGAAAGUUGGGAACUUUUUUGUUUAACAAAAGCAAUACACUGUGGUGGUUUUGUUUCUUUUUGUAGCUUAUCUUAGGCUCCCUUUUUUGUGAGCCUGUGAGUAUUCUACAAUGUACUGGAGUCCGGGAAGCUUCAGCAAAGCAGAGUAUUAUCAAAUCACAGUAAUUACAAAAUGCUUACGUCUAGCAACUUUUCAUAGAGUAUAAAAAGUUGAAAGGAAGCCAGUCUCCAUUUAUGAAUGUCAUGUCCUGGAAGUUGUUAAACUGUUUUUCUAAACAGUUCAGAAUUCAUCUUCCCAGAGAUAUUAUGGGAUCCAUGGCUAGAUUAUGACAAUUACUGCAUCCAAACACUGCUUUAGUACCAGCCCAAUUAUGGGUCCCAAGAAUGAAAGAUGAGAGAAUGUACAUUGCCCUUUACCUAAAGUUUUGUAAGUGGGUUUUGGUCCCUGCCCAUCAUCUUCCCUGUAGACCACACUGGACUUCAGCCCAUCUCCAUGCCCAGCGUACUCUAUGCAUCCCUUACACGACAGAGUUCAACUGGAAAAUUAGCUAAGUCACAGAAUACUUCCCAGAGGCAUUUGCAGUUUUCAAAAAAGACAUUGCGUGAUGCAAAUAAUCUCCAAGCAAUAGUACUUCAGGUCACAGUGACUCUUUCCAGGGGUGGAGAAGAAAGGGAGAUAACUUAAAACCCUGAGUAGAUGAGUGGUCCCUGGCCAUCAGUCCCUCACUGUCCCCGGUGUGUCCAUUUCUGCCUUUCCCCAUCUCUUCUUUUACUCCCUCCCCAACUGUUUCUGAAAGACCAAGGUCAAGGCAGCCUUUGAAGUUACAAUAGUAAAAUUGCAAACAUAUGGUAAUAUGUUACAGUAUAUUAGCAGAUCUAAGCAGAAUAAAAUUUUGCGCAUUUC